AUGUCAGGAUUGUGGAAGAAUGAACAGGGAUGGCAAUCGGCAAAUACAUUGGAAACAUUGACUAAUUUUGUAUCUCUAUUGGAUUCACCAUUGAAAUAUGUUAUUCAUGAAACGUUUAUGAAUACCGAUAUGUUUACCGGCGGCGAUUGUUUCGAUGAUUAUCAAUGGUGGUUACUAGCUUGGCUACAAGCAUAUAGUGUUGAACCAAAUCUUAGAUAUUUAUAUCGAGCUGUCGAUAUCCAUGACUUUGUCACUGUCAAUGCAUGGAAUGACAGCAUAUGUGGUGGAGGUGUGCAAUUAUGUCGAAAUAAUACUUAUAAAAACGCCAUCACCAACGAAUUAUUUCUACUAAGUAAUAUGCGUUUGCACCCAUAUGCGUCACUACUGGGUCGGGCUCCAACAUAUUUUCUUGACUGGGCUCUAAAAGAAUGGCAAUGGUUUGAAGCAAGUGGUCUGAUCAACGGUGAUAGUUUGAUUAAUGAUGGAUUGAGUUCAUCGAACCAAGCGAGCAGCAAAUCGCAUGAAGGAAAUAUGGGCCGUUCGAGAGAUGGUACAUGUGUCAAUAAUAAUGGAACCACUUGGACUUACAAUCAAGGUGUUAUCUUAACAGGUUUGGCACUACUAGCCAAUGCAACGCGCAACGUCACUCUGCUCAAUUUUGCACAAAAGAUUGCAGAUGCUACCAUACAACGGCUGAUCUACUCCGACAGAAUAUUAAAAGAACCAUGUGAACCAAACUGUAACGAUGAUCAAAAACUGUUCAAAGGCAUCUUUAUUCGUCAUUUGGCUUAUCUAAUACCAUACCUUACGGAUGCAGCUCAUAUACAACAGUAUGUUUCAUUUAUACAACAGAAUGCCGAAACUGUUCUGACAUCGAGGCGUUGCGAAAUUGAUGGAUUGUAUAGUGUGAUUUGGAGUAAUCAAUCUUUCAACAGCUGUGACUCGUCACGCAAUACAUCAUCGACAUCAGCUGCAUGGGAUCUAUUCAUAGCGGCUGCGAAAACUAAACCACAGUCAAUCAUGUCAUCAUCGAACUGGACGUGGCUAGGCCUAGGCAAUUGCAUGGAUGAUAAUGGUGCCUAUAUGCCAAAUUUUAAUAAAAUAAAUGUCACUGAAACUGUAUGUCGUACAACAGCAGAGCAAGACCAGGGUGCCGUUGCAUAUGAUCAUCAGUUGGGCUGUCCUGGCUAUCAAUAUUGUCGCAUACGAACACUGUCUGAUCCGCAACACGGACCUCCAGGAUGGUCUUAUGAAAAUAACACUGCUAGAAAUGUGACACAAACAAAUAAACUACCAGUAACAAGCUGCUAUUUAAGAGUAGUCUAG